AUGCAGAGAGACUUAACUCCACCUUUUGUGGACGAUGGGCGUAUCGAGGUUGUCGGUUCUAGAGACGCAUGGCACGGAAUCGUCCUACUUGCACCUAAAGUACACGGGACUCGCCUCGCACAGGCACAUAGAAUCCGGUUCGAGUUCCACAAAGGCGCAGCAGAUCACACUUUCAUGAGGAUCGACGGGGAGCCAUGGAAGCAACCGUUGCCAGUGGAUGACGACACUGUUGUAGUGAUCUCACGCCUAGGUCAGGUGAUUAUACUUGCCACGAAUGGCUGCCGAUCAAGGAGUAUGAACGAUCCAUCGACACCGAGACACGAUGCUCACGACGAAGAGGACCGUGAUUGUACAUGGGGAAGAGUUCAAGAAGUUGGAACUGCUGAUACGUUCAAGAUGCCAGAUGAGUUUGACAUUUCCCAUCUUCUUAGUUGA